AUGCCAAAGAAUAAAAAUAAAGUCAAAAGUGAGAAUCAUUCUACUUCACUAUCAAAAACAGGAAACUUAUUUGGACAGUCGGGUGUUUUUGAUUUAUAUAACAAGGACGUUAAUCUAGAAGUUAUAGAAUAUCUAGAAAAUGUUAAAACUGAAGCCAUUCGCACUAUAGCCAUGCCUCAGGGAGUCCAUAUUAAUGAUGAUAGAAUAAAUAAUUUGGACGGUGGAUCAAACAGCACUUUUUAUGAUGAAGUUCCCCUUUUACCUAAAGCGGUUAGAAAUUUUCUUUUACAUAAACAAAAUAUUUUGCAAUGGUAUAAAACUAACCGCUACGAUGAUGAUGAUCAAGGAAACCGACCUGGUUUAGAGUAUUCUACUGCAAUUGACCCGGAGGUAGAAGAACCGGUUAGCGUUGAAGAAAACGAAAAUUUGUAUGAAAAUGUGAAUAAACUUUUAUUGUUAAAUUUGAAAAGUUACUAUUCAAAGAAAUACUCAGAGAAUUCCUUUUGGAAUACUGUAUUAAGAAAAAUAUUCAAUGAACUUGAGUUUACAGAAGGUUCUUUGUUAUUAGAGAUGAAAAAAAAUGAAAAUACCCAAGGUUUAGAAUUGGAUGAAGAAUGGGCUAUUGAUUUUUUUAAAUACUUGGAAAUUAAUCUAAAAUAUGGGAAACUAUUAGUUUUAAAAAAUCCACAGGAUUUAUUAAAUAUUUUAGAAAAUUAUCAACAUCAAGCUAUACCAACGAGUUUCUAUGAUUGGUGUAUUUACAUCGAUACACAUCCUCAAAUAAAUAAAGACGUUAGAAAUGCUAAUAUUUGUAUUCCUUCGCUUGAAAUGAAAUUAAACUUAAUUUCACAUAUAGUAGUUAAUCAUAAACACAAAGAUUUUUCACAAUGGGUUGAAUAUAUUUUGUUGACAUUGCCACCAUACUUAAAUUCCAAGGAGAUUAGUAUAUUACGAGACUUGGCUAAAAUAAGCAAUAUUUAUGUAAAAAAUGAUCUGCUGGAUCAAUCGCUUACUUUAAGAGCCAAGUUAACAAUUGAUAUUAUAGUAUCCAAUAGUUCUAAUAUCAAUACCAAAAAGACAUUGGCGAGGGCAAAUGAUACAAUGAAAAUCGAUAUUAUAUUAGCUGAAUUGGUUUUAUGCGUAGUCGGUGAAGUUUACGGACAAAAAGAUUUAAUCCCAUGGAGUUAA